CCAGCCGAGGUUAGGUGCUGGAUCGCGACACCAAUAUAGUCAUUGACACAACGAACCAUGGCUUUCCAACACAGCACCCGACUCGUGAAGCUGACGCAGGAGCGCAUCACCACGCUGGUGGCCAAGCACAAGCAGGUGCUGGGGCGCGGCGCCACGUGCACGGUGUACCUGGUGGAGGUGAAGGGCGAGCUGUGCUGCCUCAAGCUGGCCAGGGAUCGCCGCCUCGCUGCCAUGUUCCACCAGGAGUUUGACGUCCUGCUUGACCUGGACGGCGCGACGGGGGCACCCAAGGCUUUGGGCACCAGCCUCGGCUUCCCCGCCAUGCUCACCACCUUCCGCGGCCACAACACCUUCUGCGACCUGCCACGCCUCGCCCGCCGCGAGACUGACAGGCUGGCGGCUUUCGUGUCCCUUGCUCGCGACGUGCAACAGCUCCACGCCCGCGGCUACGCCCACAACGACAUCAAGGAGAACAACGUGGCGGUGUGCAGGGCCGCCGAUGGGCGCCUGCAGGUGUCUCUCAUCGACUACGGCGCGGCCCAGAGGCUGGGCACGAGGGUUGGCUUUGUGGGCGCGAGCACGCGGCGCACACCCUGGCUGGCCCCGGAGCUGCUGGGCGGUGGCCGCUGCUCACGCGCUGGGGACGUCUUCUCCCUCGGCUACGUCCUCAGCAACAUCCUGGACACCUGCCACAGGUACUACCCCGCCCUGGACAUUCUCGCCGAGGCCGCCAUGGCCGCAAACCCUGCACAGCGACCCUCGCUCAAGAAGAUCAUCAAGACGGUCAACAAGUUCACGGGCCAGCGGGACGAGGCGGCGAGGAAGGAAACCUUCGCCCGGCGAGUUCGCAAAGCCUUCUCCCGACUCUUCCCGCGCCGCCGUCGGUAUUAAGGAGACACAGGACCCAACGGAGGAGGGUUUUACUAAGGAGUCAAAUUGUUCCCUCAAGGCU